AGCCAAUUCAACUUUUCGACAUCGACCUCUCCAUUAUCCCAUUUCUCGCCAACUCCCUCCGAUCAAGCCAACAUCUCGACCUCUACGGGCGCCAGACCCCCAGGCCUGCAUUUACUAUCUAUCCGCGACCGUGUCCGGUCAACCUUCUGCCGCCUGCCUUUCUUUUUUUUUACCGCCUUCACGUCCUCAACGCAAUCCAUAGCUACCACAUCUCUCCUGCCCUUUCACGAGUCCCACACGUCAGAUCUCCAAGCCUGUCGCGUGGACGCAGCGGUUUCGCGUGUCCUCCCGCCGCCCUCACAGCACCUGCAACACACCAAUCCCUACCCCCAUCUUUCCUUCUUCUCUGCCGGCUACAUGGAUGGUGUCAUUGAUCCGUGUCGAUUCGAGAUAUGAUGGUCGGUGGAUAGUCGGAGCCGCAGACUUCGACCACCCCCAUCAUGGCUCCUAGCGCUGGAUACAAGGAGUUCUUUCCGAAUGCUCCUCGCGCCGCUCGAGACAAGGCUAAUGAACGGGAGCGCGAGAGGUCUACCAAGGUAUCAGAAUCUGCCGACGCGGGUUCCAAGGCCCCGACUCCCGCCCAUCGCGACGGCGCCAGAUAUGAUUCGUCGUCAUCGGAGGCCGCACAUCCCCCGACGGAUGAUACCGAGUCGUUGUCGGGAGACAUUCUGAACGGUGUUGGCUCCGCGAGCUCGCACGCGAGUACCGUUUCGUCUGUCUCCACCACCUUCAACCCUUCCGCCGCCAUGAAUGCUCCGGCAUCACGCGCCUCCAACAGUGCCCUCACUCCCCUAACCACAGUGGACUCACCUGCAUAUCCCCCAGCUAUACAGUCCGCAAAGCAGCGCGUCGCCGCCUCUCACCAGACUACAAGCAGGCGUGAUGCCGCGAACUCUACGACGGCUAUGCCAUCCUUAUCCACCUUCCCCGGAGUCGCUGGGCGCCCCCCGGCUCGAGACCCCAACCGUGUUAUAAGGGGAGAGAAGUGUAUACACGAUCCCUCAACCGACAAGAGCUUGUCUUCGAGCGAUAGGAAAACCAUGAAGCCCAAGUAUAAGAACAUCGGCCCGGAAGAUGACGUCCCCCCUCAAGACCCGCGUCUCUCUAAGGGCAGUUGGCUCGACUACAUAAAUGUCGAUUUCCAUCUCCCGAAGGCGAGGUUGCGCCAGACGCCGUAUAAUCUAAAGCCGUAUCCCUAUGAUCCCUCUACCUCUAUCGGCCCUGGCCCGCCAACUCAGAUUGUCGUCAGCGGCUUCAACCCAUUGAUCACCUUCUCCAAGGUGGUGAGUCAAUUCGCCCAAUUCGGCGACAUCGCGGAAAGCAGCAAUAAAAUGCACCCCGACACCGGUAGUUACUUAGGUUUUGCAACCUUUCGGUACCGAGACUCGCGGCCUCAACGACGGCCUCCCAUCUCUGCCAUCGAGGCUGCCAAGCGAGCUGUCAGGCAGAUGAACGGGCGAAAAAUCGAGGCCAAUUAUAUAAAAGUGUCGUUCGACCGCGACGGUAAGAAAAGCCGGGCUAUGCUCGAGGCCAUCCUCAAGAAGGACCGCGAAGAGGCCACGCGCGCAACAACUACGCCGCCCGUACCGACGGGACCGAGGCUGAGAGCCUCUGAAGUUGUCGGUCGCGCACCCCCGACAGCCCCGAAGGGGCCCGCUGCCGAUCGCCAGCGGCCCGGGGCAGCAGGGGAGACGAACUGGUCGCUCCCCACGAAACCAAAAGCUUAUUCCAUGUUGAUCGAUUCGCAACCUGUUGCGACGACCCUAAACGGCGAGCCGUAUAUCUUUGUCCCCGAGACGAGCGUCCCCGUCAUGAUAACGACGAUACCUCACAUGAAGAAGCGCUUGAAGUCGUUCCAAUUCGAUGAUAUUAGAGCCGAUAGGACCGGAUACUACAUCAUAUUCCCCAACAACUCUCUCGGCCGUGACGAAGCAUACCGGUGUUUCCGAUCAGCAGACGGCAGCGCCUUCUUCACUUACACCAUGGCCAUGAAGCUUCACGGCGUGGUUCCGUCGGGAUCCUCUCACCCCCUCGGCCACGCGCGCCAAGGCGAACCGGAAAGGAGAUCGCUUGCGGAUACACGUUAUCGAGACGAACACCAGUAUCGACCCCGCGACGAGCGACGACGCGACGACGAGGCCGUCUUAGAGGAGGAAAAGAAGCAACGGGCGAAGAAUUUUGACCCGGUCAUCGAGGCCAUCGAAGUUGUUCGUCGCGAGAUGAAGGAGCAUCUGAUCAGACAUAUCCGUACUAAGGUCGCUGUACCUGCUCUGUUCACCUUUCUAGAUCCAGCGAAUCACAUAGCUAAGAGGCGCAAGCUGAACCUGGAAGAUCCUUCGGGUCCAUCGCGACCCAUCAUCAGCGUCGAAGACCGAGAGAUCACGCCGAUCAGCACUCCCAACUCGCGGGCCGAUCCAAUUGAGCGUCGCACCGCCCGUCUCGACGUUACGGCUCUGCCCCGUAUAAGGAAAAUUAAGGGGCAAGGUGCCGCGCAGAGACAUUACGGCUUUACCGAUCCGUUCGCGCGUAAGCGGGCCUCCGUAGUUCAUAAUGCCUUCCGCUCCCUUCACCAUCGGCUCCAGCCUCCAGAUAGCGAUGACGAAGCCUCGGAGGAUGAAACGGAGAAUCGCGACUCUGUCGCGCCCGACAUCGAGGAGCCGGAGUCACGGCCUCGCAGUCGUAUGAGCACCGAUGAGGAUGUCUUCGAGGACAACUUCGCCGACGAGGAUUCUAUGACGGACGCCAGCUUUCCCGUUAACGACGGGAUUCUCAAGACUAAAAAGCGGAAACUUGAUCUUCAGGUUGAGGCCGCCAUCAAACGUCAGAAGAAGUCGGAUGCGGAACUCUUUGGCGUUACUAUUGACACACUUGAGAGCGAGUUCCCUACUCCUACCGAGGAUGUUACCGUGCCCGACGUCGAGCUUGGCAAUGAAAAGAGUGGCCAUGUUGCGGAACUACCUAUCCUGCCCGAGAAGGCCGGCAAAGGUAGGAAGAAGGCGGCGGCACCAAAGCCAAAGAGGAAAACGAAGAAGCAACUUCUUGAGGAGCAGGAGGUCAUGAAGAAGCAGCAGGAGGCGGCAUUUGUCGAUGAGGCUUUGGGACAGGCACAGAAGGAGGAGACGCCAGAACCCGAGGGGCCAUCGCCGAAGGCUGUGGCCGACGGGGCUCCGGAAGAGAUACCCCCUCGAGAUGAGCGCUUUUCCGACGCGGUUGUUCCGGCGAUGACGAUGCCGGAAGGGUUCAGGCUAUCGGUGCAAUCCAUAUCAAGUCUUGAACUUCAGCGGAAUGAUGUUCCCGACGCCAGCAAACUCAAGAAGAAAUUUAGGUCGGGCGAUGUUGGCAACCCUAGGCUCUGGAUCUGGAGACACAAUCGCGUACGGGAGCUCAAUACCGAGCCGGGGAGAGUUACAGAGCCCAUCACUAUCGAGGGCUACUAUGUCCCAAACCCCACUGGAUGCGCCCGUACCGAGGGCGUCAAGAAGAUCCUCAACUCGGAGAAGUCCAAGUACCUUCCUCAUCAUCUCAAGGUUCAAAGGGCCCGAGAGGAGCGGCAGCUACGCGCAGCCAAGAAGGAUAGCAAAGAUGCGGCGGCGGCGGCGGCCGAAGCAGCCAGGCUCGCGGCUGAGAAGCUAGUAGCUAAGGGUAACUCGAGAGCCAAUCGCGUCAACAACCGGCGCUUCGUGGCGGACCUGAACGACCAGAAGAGAACAUUGGGCCAAGAUUCGGAUGUGCUGAGAUUCAACCAGCUUAAGAAGCGGAAGAAGCCGGUCAAAUUCGCCCGCUCUGCGAUCCACAACUGGGGUCUCUACGCGAUGGAGAACAUCAACAAGGACGACAUGAUUAUUGAGUAUGUCGGGGAGGAGGUCCGACAGCAGAUCUCGGAGCUGCGCGAGAACCGAUAUCUCAAGAGCGGUAUCGGCAGCAGCUACUUGUUCCGCAUUGAUGAUAAUACCGUCAUCGACGCCACGAAGAAGGGCGGCAUCGCCCGUUUCAUCAACCACAGCUGCAUGCCAAACUGCACGGCCAAGAUCAUCAAAGUGGAAGGCAGCAAGAGAAUCGUCAUUUACGCUUUGAGAGACAUCGCUCAGAACGAAGAGUUGACGUACGACUACAAGUUCGAGAGAGAGAUUGGAAGCUUAGACCGCAUCCCUUGUCUCUGCGGGACCGCGGCGUGUAAGGGGUUCCUCAACUAAUCCAUCCUACUUGCUAGUCUAAUAAUUAAUACCUUUUCCCUCGCCGGAGCUUGGCGUCUCGUUUUUAUCUUCUUGGCCUACUUGGUAUGGGCGACUCCGCUGCUGGUGCUUCGCUAUCGUCCCUCGGUGGCUCGCCCCCCUUCGAAUCCUCUGUCUGACCUUUGAUAUAUAUCCAUGUAUGGCGGGAUUUCGGCCUGUUGGCACCGGGGCCGAGAAAAAUAAACAAUGAUAAAAUGGGGUGUACAAUUAAUUGUUAGGUUUCUUUCUAUGUUUCGCGCCCAUGCGCAGUUGUCAGGUAAAGAUGUUUCUUCGCGGUGUCCAUGCAUUCGGCCCUUUUCUUUCUUUCUUUCUCUCUCCGCGGAGUCGAGAUGACAGCAGUCCCUGGGGAUUACCUACUGUUUCCCGUACAUCGGGACGAGAGUCACGCUACGAGGGUCCCGCCUAGGAAGGAAAAUCAAACCAAGACGCAGAAAAGUCUGGCCGCCAUUUAUACCCAUGGCGAAGUGGUGUUUUCUUUCUUUUUUUUAAAAAAAAAUUGUUAUUGGUGUCGUUAAAGAGAGGGCAAGGGGAGUGG